UAAGUUCUCAACGUCCCGAAAAAAAACCAACAAAAAAAGGAGGAAAGAAAGGGGGAAAAAAAAAGGGGAAAAUGGCGAAUAUUGACAUAGAGGGAUUACUGAAGGACCAGCUGCUGGUUGACGGCGAAGGGAGAGCGAGGAUGCCGAAGACCAAGAUCGUGUGCACGCUGGGCCCCGCGUCUCGGUCGGUGGAGAUGAUUGAGAAGCUGCUGAGGGCUGGGAUGAAUGUCGCCAGGUUCAAUUUCUCGCAUGGGACGCAUGAGUAUCAUCAGGAGACUCUUGAUAAUCUUAGGAUUGCGAUGCAUAACACUGGGAUCCUUUGUGCUGUCAUGCUCGACACCAAGGGACCUGAAAUCCGUACUGGAUUCCUAAAGGAUGCGAAACCCAUCCACCUUAAAAAGGGUCAAGAAAUUACUAUCAGCACUGAUUAUAACAUCAAGGGUGAUGAGGACAUGAUCGCAAUGAGCUAUAAGAAACUCCCAGUCCAUCUGAAACCUGGGAACACCAUAUUGUGUGCUGAUGGUACCAUAACCCUGACUGUGCUUUCCUGUGAUCCAAGCGCUGGAACCGUGAGGUGCCGCUGCCAGAACAAUUCACUAUUGGGUGAGAGGAAGAAUGUCAAUCUUCCGGGAGUUGUAGUGGAUCUCCCAACACUUACCGAUAAGGAUAAAGAAGACAUCUUGCAAUGGGGGGUUCCGAACAAUAUUGAUAUGAUUGCUCUAUCAUUUGUUCGGAAAGGGUCUGAUCUUGUUAAUGUGCGAAAUGUUCUUGGAUCUCAUGCGAAGCGAAUACAAUUGAUGUCAAAGGUUGAGAACCAAGAAGGUGUUAUAAACUUCGACGAAAUCCUAAAAGAAACCGACUCCUUCAUGGUAGCUCGUGGCGAUCUCGGCAUGGAAAUUCCAGUUGAAAAAAUCUUCCUUGCCCAAAAGAUGAUGAUCUACAAAUGCAACCUUGCAGGCAAACCCGUUGUUACUGCCACUCAAAUGCUUGAAUCCAUGAUCAAAUCCCCUCGCCCGACCCGAGCAGAGGCCACUGACGUAGCAAACGCUGUCAUCGACGGUACCGACUGUGUCAUGCUCAGGAUCGUGGUGUUGACUCGUGGAGGGACAACAGCAAAAUUAGUAGCUAAGUAUCGGCCGGCAGUGCCGGUGCUGUCAGUGGUGGUGCCGGUGAUGACGACGGAUUUUUUUGAGUGGAUGGUGAGUGAUGAGACGCCUGCGAGGCAUAGUUUGGUUUAUAGAGGGUUGAUACCAUUGUUGGCGGAGGGGUCGGCAAAGGCGACGGAUUCGGAAUCAACGGAGGUGAUAUUGCAGGCAGCGCUCAGGACGGCUGUGGAUAAGAAGCUGGUUAAGGUGGGUGAUGCGGUGGUUGCCCUGCAUCGGAUUGGUGCUGCCUCUGUUAUUAAGAUCUGCAUUGUGAAGUGAGAGACUUGAUCACAGGAGAACGUUGUGUUUCUGUUUUACUGUUUUUUUUCCCAUGUGUUCCUCAAUGCUAUCUGUGUUCUGUAAGAUUGACAGUCUUCAACAGCGAGUUUGAUGGUUGAGGUGGGGCUUGUAUGCUUGAAAUUGGGUAGAAAUCUCCUUUCUUGUGGAAUCUUGUAUUACUUUGCUGCAAUUAAUAAAAUAUUUUUUUACCUCUUCA